GCUAACAACAUGCAGACGGCCGAAUUACCGGAUUCGCCAAUGUAUGAUGUAAAAUGAACUAUGAACAUUGUUUGACGUCUCUGUUCGUCUCUUUCCUACUGGGAAAUCUCAGUUUUGUUGCGAAAGGUCUGUGCCUUUGUUACGUUCUAUUUAUGAACAUUCAGACCGCUGAUUCCUCUGCCCCAACAGAAAAUUCCUCAAGAGAGUCAACACUUUCUGCGCCAGAGAGAGCUUGGCGUUUAAGCGGGUUUGUUAUCGCCUAUUUCGUCACCUUGGCAGUAGUUGCAGCCAUGCUUUACUGGUUGUCACGCCAAACGAAAAAGGAUACGACAAAUGGAGAUGAGUUACAGAUGAACACGUCACCGCUGGAAGUUGGCAUAACUCACCAAGCAGUUGCUGAAGACUCCGAGAGUCCAGAGAAUGUUACAGUUCUCUUUAAUAACAACACAAAGUUUUAAGUUGAGGACAAAAAAAAAUACAUAAACUUCAUUUACAUUGUAAAUUCUUGUAGAUUUAUCUACUAAACACCAUUCUACUUCAGUACCACCGUAGUGGUUUGCUAUGCGGGCCUUAGUAUCUUAGAAUAGCUGACUCGCUUUAUAUCAUCGAUCGAGUAACGUCGAGUAAGAAAAUUGAUCAGAAAAACGGGUUUUAGAAUCAGCAAGAUUGUUGUAGAGUCUUAUCCAUAGCAGCUCCACGGCUAAGGAACAGUCGGCCAACUUAAAUGCGUCUCUCUCUUACUCAUUUUGAUUAGAAGAGUAUUUCUUGAAAACAUCGAUGCUAUGAUGCCCGUUUACAUUACCUGGAUAAUCUUAAACACGGCGUUUUUAUUAGUAAAAAGCUACAAAAUCCUUCGUCCACACUAGGAAAUGGAUGAUAGUUUUUAGUCCACAGCAAGAAAAUUGAACAAGAAGAUCAUCUCCAGCUACUACAGUUGACUGCAUCCUCGGGCAUGCGUAAAACAAGUUUU